AAGAGUGCCGGCCUCCGUGCAGACUUGGUGCGCGCCUAGUAAGUGGAUCCCUUGCCUGCCGCUAAGUGAACAGAAACCAACAUGUCAGAGUGGGAGUCUUACUACAAAACUGAGGGUGAGGAAGAAGAGGAAGAGGAGGAGCUUUCUGAUGCCAUUGUGACUCAGUGUAUUGUGAGUGUGUACACCAAUAAGAUCAUAAGCAGUAAUCGUGAUCUCUUGGCAGUGGUGUUCUAUGGCACGGAGAAAGACAAAAAUUCAGUGAAUUUCAAAAAUAUUUAUGUCUUACAAGAGUUGGAUAAUCCAGGUGCUAAACGAGUGCUAGAGCUGGACCGCUUUAAGGGACAGCAGGGAAAAACCCAUUUUCAAGAGCUCAUUGGCCAUGGAUCUGACUACUCAUUGAGUGAAGUGCUGUGGGUCUGUGCCAACCUCUUUAGUGACGUCCAGGUCAAGAUGAGCCAUAAGAGGAUCAUGCUGUUCACCAAUGAAGAUGACCCCCAUGGCAAUGACAGUGCCAAAGCCAGCCGGGCCAGGACCAAAGCCAGUGACCUCCGUGACACAGGUAUCUUUCUUGACUUGAUGCAUCUGAAGAAACCAGGAGGCUUUGACAUAUCCUUGUUCUACAGAGAUAUCAUCAGUGUAGCAGAGGACGAGGAUCUUGGGGUUCACUUUGAGGAGUCAAGCAAGCUGGAUGAUCUCUUGAGGAAAGUUCGUUCCAAAGAUACCAAGAAGCGUGUGCUCUCAAGGUUAAAGUUUAAGCUCAACAACGACAUAGUGCUCACUGUGGGCAUCUAUAACUUGGUCCAGAAGGCUACCAAGCCUUUUCCAGUGAGGCUUUAUAGGGAAACAAACGAACCACUGAAGACGAAAUCCAGAGUAUUCAAUGUAAAUACAGGCAGCUUGCUCCUGCCCAGUGACACCAAAAGGUCUCAGAUCUACGGGAGUCGGCCCAUCAUACUAGAGAAAGAGGAAACAGAAGACCUGAAGCGCUUUGAGGACCCAGGUUUGGUUCUCGUUGGCUUCAAGCCCUUGGCCGUGCUGAAGAAGCACCACUAUCUGAGGCCCUCCCUGUUCGUGUACCCUGAGGAGUCCCUGGUCAAUGGGAGCUCCACCCUGUUCAAUGCUCUGUUCAUCAAGUGUCUGGAGCGCCAGGUCAUAGCAGUGUGUAGGUACACAGCCCAUAGGAACGUUCCCCCUUACUUUGUGGCACUGAUACCACAAGAAGAGGAGCUGGAUGACCAGAAAAUUCAGGUGACUCCUCCAGGCUUCCAGCUUGUCUUCCUGCCCUACGCCGAUGAUAAACGCAAGGUACCCCUCACUGACAAGGUCAUAGCCAACUCGGAGCAAAUAGACAAGAUGAAAGCAAUUGUUCAGAGGCUCCGCUUCAAAUACAGAAGUGACAGCUUUGAGAACCCAGUGCUACAGCAGCACUUCCGGAACCUGGAGGCUCUGGCUUUGGACAUGAUGGAGCCCGAGGCAGCAGUGGACCUGACAAUGCCCAAGGUUGAAGCAAUGAAUCGAAGACUGGGCUCCCUGGUAGAUGAGUUUAAAGAACUUGUCUAUCCACCAGACUACAAUCCAGAGGAAAAAGUGAACAAGCGGAAACGAGAUGAUAACGCUUCUAGCAGCAAAAAGUUCAAGGUGGAGUUAUCUGAAGAGGAGCUGAAGGAGCACAUCAACAAGGGCACACUGCAUAAAUUGAAUGUGGCCACACUGAAGGAGGCAUGCAGGAUGUACGGGCUGAAGUGUGAGCUGAAGAAACAGAAGCUGCUGGAUGCCCUCACCAAGCACUUCCAGGACUGACCGCACAGCCAGCAACCUUCCACACCACAGGCUGCUGUCUUGUUUUUUUAUACUGGUCCUGGGGCUUAAACUCAGGACUUGG